AUGACCAACUCUCGGAUUUUUUCUAAGGACAAGGACGAUGCGGGGCCUUUUGUUACAACAGAUGUGUUGGUUAAGCUCAAGGGCUGCGCAUUCACGUUCAGGAAGGAACCGGCUGGAUACAUUCCUGAUCCUGACUUUGUCCCGUUUAUCUGGAGACGCAAGGGUGAUGAUGUUGAUGAUGAGAGCGGCGCCAAGGAGAAGGACGAUGUGGUGGAGACCUCAGAGCACACCAGGAACCCUUCCAAUCAUCCGUCUCCUAGUUCUGCUCCGGCGAAUAAAAUCCAUGAGACUCAAGUUCAACAACGUGUAUUGUCGAGUGUGGUCUCUAGAGAUGUGACGGGAUGUGGUUCAGUGCUCUUAGCACAGGAGUCUGCCUCGCCUUCUACGCCACGGGCUAUCGUUGUGUCGCAGCCGUCGUCGCCUUCUCGGACUGCAACGUCGUCGCCCGCUGCCCUCCAGUCGGUGCGGAUCACCGGCGGCUCAGCGGGAAGCCCAGACUCUUCACCUGCUGAGGUGGCGCCACAGCCGCCGCCGUCGACGCGGACGGCGCCGUGGCAGACGGCUGUCUCCAAGCCGGUGCAGGCAGCCGGAGUUUCAGCGGGGCGCGCUAUAGCACCUUCAACUAGCAGGCAUCCAGCGGCUCGGGUAGGGCCAACCCAGCUUGCACCUCAGUUGGAGCCGUGCAUGCAUGCUUCGAGUGUGCUGGGACACAAAGGACUGGCCUCGGGUAUGCAGCCAUGCAACACUACACAUUCAACUGUUAUUCGAUCUUCAUCGGAGCCGGACGCGCCCGUGGCUGCUCAACAAUUUCUGAUGAAGCCAAAAGUGUGCGUCUUACCCAUGGACGCACCACCUGUGGUCCUGCCUCCAGACACGCCAUCUUCGGCGGCGGUGUUGAGUUUAUCGGUGGUCGUGACUGCCGGAGAGGGGGAUGCUACUACACCCUCAUCCCCUCCUCCGGUGGAGGUUCCUACACGUCUUUCUUCAUCGGAGGUAACACCCACAUGUCACAUUGCCCGUCAUGCGGUGGCCGACGAUGGAACGGCGGACACCGACGAAGACUCUUUGGCCAAGGCUAUGCGGCGUAAAGCUGUGCAGAACCUCGACAACCAAGGAAAUAAUGAGAAUGAUAUUUCUGUUUCCACAAACGCAUUGAGACAUUUGGAAUAUGACCGAUUAAAGGUUACUCCAUGA